CAUUCAGUCAGUAUGGAGCUCAGUCAACUUCCUCUUGUGCUCUUGCUGAUUUCACACAUCCACUCUGGACACACUGAAGAAACAUCAAAAGCCAAAGUGAGCAUUAAGCCUGCUCAACAUGUAUUCAGAGGAGAGACAGUCACUCUCAGAUGUGACAUUGAUGGUGAAGGAGUCAUUAGCUGGCAGUACAGCUGGUAUAAAGAUGGUUCAGCUAAUGCUUUCAGUAAACUACAGGAACACACAUUCAGUCCUGUUACUGAGUCUGAUGCAGGUAAAUACUCCUGUUAUGGAGCAGAGAGAGGAGGAUCGCGCAGCUCAAACAUCAGUGAUGCAGUUACACUGACAGUAUCAGAAAGAACAAAAGCCAAAGUGAGCAUUAAACCUGAUCAACAUGUAUUCAGAGGAGAGACAGUCACUCUCAGAUGUGACAUUGAUGGUGAAGGAGUCACUAGCUGGCAGUACAGCUGGUAUAAAGACAGUUCAGGCAGUGUUUUCAGUGAACUACAGGAACACACAUUCAGUCCUGUUACUGAGUCUGACGCAGGUAAAUACUCCUGUUAUGGAGCAGAGAUAGGAGGAUCACGGACAUCAAACAUCAGUGAUGCAGUUACACUGACAGUAUCACAAAGACCAAAAGCCAAAGUGAGCAUUAAACCUGAUCAACAUGUAUUCAGAGGAGAGACAGUGACUCUCAGAUGUGACAUUGAUGGUGGAGGAGUCACUAGCUGGCAGUACAGAUGGUAUAAAGACAGUUCAUUAUACAGUAAACUACAGGAACACACAUUCAGUCCUGUUGCUGAGUCUGUCACAGGUAAAUACUUCUGUUAUGGAGCAGAGAGUGAAGGAUCACGCACAUCACAACACAGUGAUGAAGUUACACUGAAAGUAUCAGAUAUUCCCAAACCAACUCUGACUGUGCUGCCACAGAGUUCAUUGUUCACUGGAGACUCAGUUACUCUGAGAUGUGAGGUGGAUCAUUUAUGGGAUGGAUGGGAGUUUCUGUGGAGUAAAAACUCAAACACUGAAUCUACUGAAGCUGCAACUAAAUCAAUUGAUUCAGUGAAAGUCUCUGAUGGAGGAGAAUACAGGUGCAGAUCAGGAAGAGGAGGAUAUUACACACAUUACAGUGAACCAGUAACAGUGACAAUAUACGAAAGACCAAAAGUCAAAGUGAGCAUUAAACCUGCUCAACAUGUAUUCAGAGGAGAGACAGUCACUCUCAGAUGUGACAUUGAUGGUGAAGGAGUCACUAGCUGGGAGUACAGAUGGUAUAAAGAUGGUUCAUUCUACAACUCCAGUGAACUACAGAAAUACACAUUCAGGUCUGUUACUGAGUCUGACGCAGGUAAAUACUCCUGUUAUGGAGCAGAGAGAGGAGGAUCACGCAGAUCACAACACAGUGAUGCAGUUACACUGAAAGUAUCAGAUAGAGCCCAGACAGUUUUAAGUGUUUCUCCACAGAAGUGGUUGACUGAAGGAGAUCCAGUGACUCUGAUCUGUGAGGUUUACAGCUCCUCUACAGGCUGGACAUUCAGCUGGUUCUCUGUAACUGCUUCACCAGGCAACAGAUAUCAUUAUCAGCUGCUCUCAGACAGCAGCAGAGGAGCUGGAGGAAACUACACUGUCAGUUCUGCUGCUCUAAAACACACAGGAGUUUAUGUGUGCAGAGCAGAGAGAGGAAACCCAGCCUAUAACACAACCUACAGCAACACACAGCCAGUAUGGGUCACUGGUGUUUCUCCCCAAGUCUCUCUGGUCAUCAGUCCCAGCAGAACUCAACACUUCACAUUUGUCUCUCUCUCUCUGAGCUGUGAGGACCAGAGUAACUCUGAUAGAUGGAGAGUGAGAAGAUACACAGAGAAUGAACAGUGGGAAGAUUGUUCAUCAUUACUUUGGGCAUCACAAACAGGAUCUACAUGUACAUUCAUCUUCACCUUCACUUCAGACACUGGAGUGUACUGGUGUCAGUCUGAAUCUGGAGAGAACUAUCAUCCUGUUAAUAUCACUGUACACUAUGAUGUGAUUCUGGAGAGUCCUGUUCAUCCUGUGACUGAAGGAGAUACUCUGACUCUACGCUGUUUAUAUAAAUUUACAACUCCACAAAACCUCAGAGCUGAUUUCUAUAAAGAUGGAUCACUCCUCCAGAAUCAAACUACAGAGAUGAUCAUCUCUAAUGUCUCGAAGUCACAUGAGGGUUUCUACUACUGUAAACACUCAGAGAGAGGAGAGUCCCCCAAGAGCUGGAUCUCAGUCAGAGCCUCAAGAUCUGAUGAUCUCAAUCUCAUGAUAAUUGGAGUGACUGCAGGACUGACCGUCACAUUUUUGAUCACUGUCUUCUUGGUCCUUCUGUGGCGCUACAGAAACAACAAAGGUGUAAGAUCUCAGUCUCCCUCUAGUGUCAGUCAACAGCAGAACAGCAGUCAGACAUCAGAGCAGAACCAGAGUGACGGGGGAUACAACACACUGCUGUCUGGAACUGGUCAUAUUUAUGACUCUGUUGAUGCAACAAUUAAGAAAGACAUAAAUACAGACAGUGAAAGUGGGCCUACUGAUCUCACCUAUGCUGAGAUUGAACACAAAUCUACUAAAACACAGAUGAAAAAGAAAGAAAACAGAGGGAACAACACUGAGAGUUGUGACAUCGUUUACUCUAAACUGAAAUUGGAAAUGGAUCAAGGUGCUGGAUCUAGUGAUGUGACGUAUGCUCAGGUUAAAUAAAUGCCUGGAGGAGAAGCUUACAAUCCCAGGACGCUGAUGAGUUUAGUUUGAGAAGGGCUGGAGAAUGACCAGGAUCAUCAAUGCUUUAUCAUCUUUGUGUUAUUGAGCACUUGAUGGCAAUAGAUUUAACAGUACUUAAUAUGAGUGAUGCUGGCCUUCGUGUGCUGAUUACAGGAAACAGUAAAAAUUCAUUUAGUUCUGCACAGUGUAAAAUUAUGACCCAAUGUUCUAUUAAUAUGAAUUUUCACAGGUGUUUUACCCAUAUUUUGAAUUUAAAUUUGCAUUCCAUUAUGUGGUGUUUAAGGGUUAAAGGAUUUCCAUAAACCUACUCUAUAGCCUUGCUUGAGUUUGUGGAUUGUUUAUAAACUGGACACUUUGCAGUUGUGAUAUUGCAGUUUAGGUGUUUUUGUUGUGGUUAGACUGUACAUUUAUUUUGGGCAUU